GAGGGGGAGAGGAAAAGCCAUUAUUUAUUCCUGAAAAGAGAGGAGCUGGGAAAAUAAAAUAGCUACUGUACAGCUACACAUACGUAUUUUAAAGAGAAGGAUGCUUUGGAAGACUUUGGUGCUGCUGCUGUUCUAUUACAGUGCUCAUGCCACUGCGACCCACAGAUGGAGCAGAGCUAUGCUUUUCCCAGCUGCUCAGCGAUUCAAGAGGUCCUCAGCUGCCUUCUUCAACCCAGUGUUACAAAACUCGCUGGAAGAUGUGGUCCUGCUUUAUGAGUUUCUUUUAGCUGAGCUUGACAUUGACAAAGGUCAGAGGAUCUCCAUCAAAGACGAGGAGCUGGCUUCCCUGAGGAAAGCUGCUGAGUUCAACACCAUCUGCAAUGAGAUUAUCCCCAAGAGCAUCACAGAGAUCCGCAGGCUGAGCAGCAGGCUGUCGUCCUACCCCAGGGUCCUCAAGAAAGAAGACUUUGAAAGGACAGUGCUGACCAUGGUCUACACGGCCUACAGAGCCGCUCAGGCCCAGGGGCACCAGAAAGACACUUGGGCUGAAUCCUUUGUCAAUCUUUACAAAGCCCUGAAGAACGAUUUGAUGCUCCCCUACAGCAAACAGCCCUCGUAGUGGAAGGGGAGCAGCAGCUCAGCCGCCUGCCCUGGCUGAUCAAGGACACAACGUUGCACGGCCAACACUU